UAUUCCGUGAAUAAACUUUUACUAAAAUUUAUCACAUCUCGUCGUGGAGAGUAUCGAUGCCGGUAAAUAAGCCGGUUAAACAAAGUUCAGUGUGAUUCGAGCCCUUUUUCGAAUAUUCGAUUACCAGUUUUAUUUCAAUUCACGUCAAAACCCCGUCGAGUUGUCACGCUGACAGCCAAGGAGUCAACCAGGAACGACAUGAGGCGGAAUGUGAAGAUUGUUAUACUCCUGUCAUGCGCUUGGAUGUCCGCCUUUGUUUACUACUAUCACACCACCAGGGAUACCAAGAAUGAGAACAGAGCGCUACGCCUGAAGGACCCCUCCUCGGUGGCCCUCAAUUCCGGGGUCGCAAAUUCGGCGUACGUUGAUUCGGUCGGAACGGCGAUUAUCCUGUCUUCUGAGCUGCUGCCGGCACCGACUCCGGAUCCCAGGGUUACCUGGAACUACUUCGACGAGCAGGGUUAUGUUUCGCGGGGCGGUCUUAGAGCCGGCGAAGAUCCUUACGCGAGGAAUAAAUUCAACCAGGAGGCUUCCGACGGACUGCCGAGCAACAGAGAUAUUCCAGAUACCAGAAGCGCGAUGUGUCGAAUGAAACAAUGGAAACGAGACCUGCCGCCAACCUCGGUGAUUAUAACGUUUCACAACGAGGCGCGUUCUACCCUUCUCAGAACGGUAGUCAGUGUGCUCAAUAGAAGCCCCGAGCAUCUAAUCAAGGAGAUCAUUUUGGUCGAUGACUUUAGUGACCAUCCUGAGGACGGUGAAGAAUUGUCAAGGAUCCACAAGGUGCGGGUUAUCAGAAACGAGAAACGCGAGGGUCUUAUGAGGUCGCGAGUCAGAGGGGCGGAUGCUGCGACAGCCAGCGUUCUCACUUUCCUCGACUCUCAUUGCGAAUGCAAUGCUGAUUGGCUCGAACCCCUCCUCGAAAGGGUCGCCGAAGACCCGACGAGGGUCGUUUGCCCCGUCAUCGACGUCAUCAGCAUGGAUACCUUCCAGUAUAUCGGGGCAUCGGCCGACCUGAGAGGUGGAUUCGAUUGGAGUCUGGUCUUCAAGUGGGAAUACCUGAGUCAAGUGGAGCGUCAAGCGAGGCAGAAGGAUCCGACCUCGUCCAUCCGGACACCGAUGAUCGCCGGAGGACUAUUUGUCAUCAACAAAGCGUACUUCGAGACUCUGGGAAAAUACGACACCCAAAUGGACGUAUGGGGGGGAGAAAAUCUCGAAAUAUCGUUCCGCGUGUGGCAAUGCGGUGGCAGCUUGGAAAUCAUACCGUGCUCGAGAGUUGGCCACGUAUUCCGGAAACGACAUCCGUACUCCUUUCCUGGAGGAAGCGGUAACGUAUUCGCAAGGAACACCCGUCGCGCAGCCGAAGUAUGGAUGGACGAGUACAAACAGUACUAUUACAACGCCGUUCCACUAGCGAGGAAUAUACCUUACGGAAACAUUCAAGAUCGAUUGGAACUAAAACAUAAGCUUCACUGCAAGCCGUUCAGUUGGUACCUCAAGAACGUUUAUCCAGAGCUUGCAAUACCCACCAGUGAAGGCGGACCAGGGGGUUCUUUCAAACAAGGAUCCACCUGCAUGGACAGCAUGGGGCAUCUCCUUGACGGAAACGUGGGGCUCUAUCCCUGUCACGACACUGGCGGCAAUCAGGAAUGGGGCUUAACCAAGGAUGGUUUAAUAAAGCACCACGACCUCUGCCUGACGUUACCAGCAUACGCUAAAGGAACAACACUCUUGAUGCAAAUAUGCGACGGAAGUGAAAAUCAGAAGUGGCGUCACUUGGAGGGUGGCCUGAUACGUCACACACGAAUACCAGUGUGCGUAGAUUCCAGGCAUCACGCGCAGCGAGGUAUAACUGCAGAAAAGUGCGACUCGCGUGCAGAGACACAGAGAUGGCAUCUCUACAAUCACAAUCAUUAGCCUGGACUAGAGCUCUAAUUAAUUCAUUGUAGUUCACUAUUUUAAGGUAUAAGACGAAAUGGUGAUGUGCGUCCGAUAACGAAAUUAUCAACUCCCGUAUAAUAUAUAUGCGACUAAAGAAUCAUUAUAACACGCUGGAGGGCUUGCAAUUAUUAUUUUAUUAUCUCGCUAGUAAAAAUGGAGUGACGUGAAAACUGCUGUUGAAUGUAAUAUAAGUUACCUGCCGUAGAAGUUCUGCUUCUCUAAACCAAACUUCAACUCUUAAAUGGAGUGUCUCAAAAUACUCAUGCUAAAUUAAGUGUAAUAACUUUCAUUUGAAGGAAACGAUUAAUUUUUAUAAAUGUGAAUA